UAGAUAACCAACUGAGGUUAGACAUCAAGAACGAGGCAGAGCCAUUGUAAAGCUCAUGGCUCGGAUUCUAAGUAGAUUACAGUGUUAUCCGAGAUAAAAAUGAGUCCGUAGCCCGAGGGCUGUGAAGUCGAGUCCACUUUUACAAGACGGCUCAUCUCUCGUUUGACUUGUCUUCUCACAAAGCAGAAGUCUGCGGUUUUUAUACACUGUCUUCGGUGAAGUUGUAUCCUGCAUACCGUCCGACUGUGCCUUUGAUUUCGGAGAGAGAGGGAGAGUGCUAAGGGUAACUAAAGCAGACGAGAUGCACACUACGAUGUUGCCCUGGGCUAGGUAAAGACAGGUUCACUUUCAGCCGUUGUUAUUUCCACGAUUCCGAGAAGGGAGGGUGAACAAGAAACACGACGUUAAACAAACUCGGUUUUGAAGUGCGGACUGAGCACACAGAAAAAAAACCCUGAUAUGGGAAGCCAUGCAUAACAAACACGGAGAUAAGGUCGUACGUGCCUGGCAAAUCCGCCCCGCUGUUCUACUCUCAACUGGCACAGGGCAUUGUUUAAAAUUUCAACCGGGGGUGUGGUGGAGACUUGCGCUCGACAUUGUUACUUGAUGUGAGCACUGGACAACGGCCUAUUCUGAAUGAGAGAGCACGCGGAGUGAUUUUGGCCUAGCGUACCAUGACAUAGAUUCAACCCGAUAGCAGCGUUUGUUGAUUUUAAACAACGAUCAGUGUACAAUAUCUGUGGAGUACUGUUUCUACAUAGGAUCGGGUGAACAGCGAGACAACAACAACGCCGUAUAUUGACAUCCAGGCGCUUGUCUCUGUGGGCCCAGAGGGCUUGCAUUUUGAGCCUAAUUUUCAGCCCGCGGGACACAUCGUUGACACAAGUCCGCUGCAAAACCGGAAUAUUUACCGUUAUUUAUGCUCGUGUGUCAACUACUUUGUCUUCUGAGAACAAAUUCUAGUGCUCCAUGUUUUUUGUCUCAGACCAAAUCAUUUGUGUUUGAUUGUGCAAUAACCGUUGUUGUUUACUUCUUUGCCGUUUUAAUAGCCUGUACCUGCACGACCAGUGUAGAGGGUCAAAUAGCGUGUAAUGGUAUGUGGUUUGCAUGAAGGCUACUGGCGAUUGGUGAAAUAUGUAAUACGGUGGCAAUCUAAAGGCUUCUCAGCUCGCCUGGUGCUUUGUUUGAUCAGUGUACAAGCUGGACGAACCUAUCUCUCUUUCUAAACACAGUGCUGAUUAGAGGCCGUUUUAAAGCGGACGCCAGGAAUACGGACCACAAGAGCAACGGACACCGAGUGCACAAGCCUUUAAAACUGUAGGGGGGAACGCGUGAUCAUUGCUGGGGAAGCUCACAUCAUAGUCGGCCGUGCUUUGACUCCCGCCGUCCAUAGGGGAAAGCUUACCUGGACAGCCCGACCGGCUUAAAUAGGGUGUGCCGAGGGUUACAACUGCAAGCGCUGAAGGAUAACCUGGAUUUUUGCUGAGCGAAUUGGUUCAGAUUUGUGACGAAUCUGCAUACUGAUUUCCAACAUUAAAGCUAGCGGAAGGAGUGUACCAAAUUCUUGUGACUGAAGUGUUAACACUUUAAAAAUUUACCAUUUUUCAGCGAAACAUUACACGUGUACCGUAAUUAUGUGGAACAGUCGUCUAAAUCUUAUUGAAACAACGUAAAUUGGCUUUGUAUUUUUUGACAACAACGAAACAACGAAUAGAUGUGGUGAUUCUUUUUUCUGUCGUUAAUUUAAAGAAAAGUGGACUUUCGCCAUCCAAGCUCAACAACAAUGGCGUCUGUGAAGUGUUGUGAUAAGUUUGGUGCCCGGAAUAUACUGGGAAUAAUCCUUAUGUUUUUAGCCUCUGUGGCACCUACCGCCAGAUCCAGCGGGUUUUAUGCGGACAACGGACUCCAACAGACGGUUGUCGUCAACCGACUUCCCGGGCGUGAGAGGCGGGAAAUGCAGCAGGAAAUUCUCACACUUCUCGGCCUACAUCAUCGGCCGAAGCCGAACUCUUUAGGAAUUGACUUGUCGGCACCGAAGUACAUGUUGGAUUUAUACCGGUCUCUCCAGCAAGCCGAAGAUGAUCCCCUCCAUUUUAUUCCCAGUCCGAAUGCCACCGUGGCGCUGCUGCCAGAAAUCAACACCUCUGACGUCAUCAUGAGUUUUGUCAAUCACGCGGGUAAAAUUCACUUUCUUCGUCACGAGCGAGACAAGACGUUUUACUUCGACUUCAGCGAGGUCUCACCGGAAGAGACCACAACCGGCGCUCAGCUGAGGCUAUACAAGGACAAGUCUGAUCACGUGAUCGGGAGACGGGAGUGUCAGCUCGAGGUGUACCGGAUACGCCAGGGGUCGGACCCGGAAGACAAGUACCUGCAGAGUGAGUACAACAGGACGGUGAACUCAGAGUUUGAGGGGUGGAUCUCUGUGGACGUUACACGUGCCGCCGACUCCUGGACAGUCUACCCUCAGACAAACCUGGGACUCUUCUACCGGGUCAUCUGUAGCAACGGUAGAGAGAUCGAUCCUGGGAGAUUUGGCAUCGUUGGGAGAAAAGGUCCGGAAGCUAAGCAAGCUUUUAUGGUGGGCUUUUUCCGGGCAACGAUGGAACUGCACAUGCGUCGAACUCGUGCGGCCAGGCGGCGCCAAAACACGGAUGUGACGUACGCUGACGAAGCAGCUGAAUCAUGGGGAUGGGGCCAGUACCAUUCCCAGUACAGCAGAAGAGCAUGUCAGAGGCGGUCUUUAUUCGUGAGCUUCAAAGAUCUUGGUUGGCAGGAUUGGAUUAUCGCCCCUGAAGGAUAUGCCGCGUUUUACUGCCAGGGAGAGUGUUCAUUUCCGCUCGGCGCUCAUAUGAAUGCAACCAACCACGCGAUAGUUCAGACGCUGGUACAUUUGAUGAACCCGACUAAAGUUCCGAAACCAUGUUGUGCUCCCACAAAGCUCAGUGCCAUAUCAGUUUUGUACUUUGACGAUAAUUCCAAUGUUAUUUUAAAGAAAUACCGAAACAUGGCAGUGAAGGCUUGCGGAUGUCAUUGAGGAUCCCACUGAUUUCAAUCCCUUCCACUGUAUAUAUUUUUUAAAAAUAUCGCAGAUGUGUACUGCAUUCGGCUUAAAUGAGACCACAAAGAAACAAACGUUUUGGAAUGCGACUAUAGGAGUACUAAUGGCAUUUAUAUCUUGUUGAAAAACAGGAUGUGUUAAUCCAGUUAGCGUUAUACGUCAUGGGAUGCUUUGCCUAUGGAAUUGCGGAUAUUGUGUACCAGUGCAGAUUUGUGUAUGUCAACGAAAUAUGAGUGACCCUUCGGAUGAGCAAUGCUUACAGUAACAGUCGAUGCAAUGGCCAACGAUGUGUUUUGUUUAGAAAAAUUGCUAAAUUGUUUCAGGGAUAUAACUGUGUUAUAAUUCAUGUUGGAUUUGGAUCGAGAGAUGUCGUGUUUGGACUUUGAGCUCUUUCAUUGCUUAUUACAAAGCCAGCAGCAUUUAUGAGGACACAUUAUGGACACUGAGACAGUUUUCCUCCAUAACAGCAUGUGACCGGGGACAUUUUCAAAAUAGGAAAUGAGAUAGUAAAGUGACUGUGUGUGUUUAUUACCACCAGGAGACGACGGCUCUCCUUGAAACUUUAUG